AUGACGCAGGACUUCCAGCGCGUUGACGCGAUGUUACGUUCCACCAAUCAGCGUCUGUUUCCGAAGCCCAGUAAAGGCGCAGAUGAUAUGGCAGCUUUGUGAGCGGCCAGGUGGAACUCGCUUUUGUUUAAUCGCGUUGACAGCGGAACAUGAGUACACUUUAACCCGCACGCCGCAGCGGGGGAUCCGAAAAUGAUAUACCUGAUAUUAAUUUCUGCCUUCUCCGGGGCCAUCGUCACGCUCCUUCUGCAGCUCUUACUGUUGUACCGGAGGAGCCCCGAGCCUAUCGCUAGGACAGUUCAAUAUGUCAAAGCAGUUCCUGAUCCCGCACUGAAGGAUUACUUUAGCAACCAACAAGCCGAAUCAACGCAGCAACAAUCAGAUAUCACAGCGUCUGCCUCCAAACAACCAGAGGCCGCUUCUCCCAAGCAGCAAGAGACCACCGUCCCCGGCAGCAGCCCUAAACAGCAGCCGUCCUCGCCACCGCCUUCAUUGAGCGACCCUCAGCAAACCUCCAAAGCAGAGACAUGCGAUUUCCUCAAUGCCAUAUUUCUGUUCUUAUUCCGCGAGCUCCGAGACACCCCAGUCGUCAGGCACUGGAUCACCAAAAAGAUCAAGGUAGAGUUUGAGGAGCUCCUCCAGACCAAGACCGCCGGGCGUCUGCUGGAGGGGCUCAGUCUGCGGGAUAUCUCUCUGGGCAACUCGGUGCCCGUCUUCAAAACAGCCAGACUCAUGAAGCCGGUGGCUCUCACUGAAGACAACAUGCCAGAAGAGCUCAAUUUCGAGGUUGAUUUAGAAUAUAACGGCGGCUUUCAUCUGGCCAUCGAUGUCGAUUUGGUAUUCGGGAAAUCGGCUUAUCUGUUCGUGAAGAUGACCCGAGUGGCAGGCCGCCUGAAGCUGCAGUUCACCCGCAUGCCUUUCACGCACUGGUCCUUCUCCUUCCUGGAGGACCCGCUCAUAGACUUCGAGGUGAAGUCUCAGUUUGAGGGCCGUCCUCUGCCCCAGCUCACCUCCAUCAUAGUCAAUCAGCUCAAGAGAGUUGUCAAGAAGAAACACACUUUACCUAACUACAAAAUAAGGUACAAGCCCUUUUUUCCUUUUCGGUUUGAUAUCUAUAAAAUUCAAGUGCAGCCCGACCUGGACAUCUCCAUCCGAGACACACUAUUGGUGGCGGGGCGUCUACGUGUUCAACUUGUUGAAUGUAGCAGGUUGUUUAUCCUGGGUUCAUAUGAAAGGGAGACUCAUGUUCACUGCACCUUAGAGCUCAGUUCUGACGAAUGGCGGGAAAAAACUCGCAGCUCCAUUAAAGAGACUGAGGUGAUUAAAGGACCAUCUGGGAGCGUGGGAAUGACGUUUAGGCAUGUCCCGGCCAGUGAUGGUGACACGGUGCAUGUGAGCAUAGAGACUGUCACCCCAAACUCCCCAGCUGCCCUGGCAGACUUACAGAGAGGAGAUCGCCUCAUUGCUAUUGGAGGAGUCAAAGUGACGUCCUCUGUCCAAGUGCCGAAGCUGCUAAAACAAGCUGGAGAGAGAGUGAUAGUCUUAUAUGAGAGGCCGGUCCGGCACCAGGUGCCUACUUUGGGCUUGGGGACACUCCAAGAAACCCUAGGCCCAGUGGAGGAGCCCAGCUAUCUUCAUCAGCCUGGGGGUUAUGAGGAGGACCCAGCCCCAAUAACCACCUUGGACAUAUCUGAAAACAGAGAUAAUGACUCUGAGUUUGAGGAGCUAAUCGUUGAGUCCAAAUCAACUGCAGUUCCAGUUACCGUUGACACUAAGGAGGAUUUCCUGCUCUCUGUAAACCAAAGUCCCAAAAAAACUGUGGCCAACUUGGCCAAGCCCCUUGGUUCCAUCUCGCCAAUUCUCAACCGCAGACUGAACCUUCAGUCCCCACUCAAACCCCAGCCCAAAGAAUCACCAAAAGCACCAACUCUCAAGACUGCUGAACCUUAUGAACCACCACAGAGACCAACGGUGCCCCCUCCUCCACCACCUGCACGCCCUCCUGUCCCUCCCAGGCCUCAUAUAAAAGUUACAUCUGCCUCCUCAGAAACCCAAAGCCUGGUCGAAGGUAACGAACCUGCAGUGGAAAAAAGUCCAGAAAAAAUGCAGCCCACUCCUGCCAAUGGUGACAAACCGGUAGAGAAAAUCGCUGUUAAGUCACAAGAACCAAAGCCGCUGAGCAAGAACCCAGAGCCUGUGGAGGAAAUUCCAAAUAUUCCAGCCACAAACAAACAAGAUUCAGCCAAAGACAAGAUAUCUGAGAGCUCCUCCAACACUAGGGACAGUCUCGAUGAGCAGGGUCUCUGGGAAUCGUCUGAAACAAUGUACCGCAGCAGAGCUGCCCGCUGGAAUAAAGCCUCUGUGAUCCUUGAGGUGGAAAGCCACCACAAAUUCCUUAAUGUAGCACUUUGGUGCAAGGACCCCUUCAAGCUUGGUAGUCUCUUGUGCUUGGGUCACGUCAGCUUGCGCUUGGAACACAUAGCACUGGAAUGCUUAGCUAUGUCAUCUGCUGAAUAUCAAAGCACCUUCCGUCUAUGCGCUCCCGAACCAAGGGCCAGCGUCAGCCGUACGGCUUUGCGCAACUUGAGCACUCACAAAGGUUUCAAUGAGAAACUCUGCUAUGGUGAUGUUACACUCAACUUCACUUACCUUGCAGAUGGGGAGACAGACCUCUCCAGUGGACUGGUAGAACGUGAGCGAGAAGGGAGUCUACAGGAAGAAAACUUAAAAGACCGGGAAAAGGAACGGGAGCAGGUACUCAUAGUAACCCGGGAUGAACCAAGUUACAGCGGCAUGCAGAUCGGAGAGAUGCGGCACAAUUUUCAAGACACUCAGUUCCAGAAUCCCACUUGGUGUGAAUAUUGCAAGAAGAAGGUGUGGACCAAGGCUGCCUCACAGUGCAUGACCUGCUCUUAUGUCUGUCACAAGAAAUGUCAGGAGAAGUGUCUAACAGAGCACCCUUACUGUGUAGCCGCCUCAGACCGGCGUGGGGCGGAUCCUGAGGCCAAGUCUACCAUCAAUCGUGCAACUACUGGCCUAACACGUCACAUUAUCAACACUAGCUCUCGACUCCUCAAUUUGAGGCAGGUACCCAAAGCCAGACUUGCAGAACAGGGUGCAGAAAUGGGACCAGGGGUGGUGGAACCUUCUCCGAAACACACACCUAACACAUCUGACAACGAGAGCAGUGACACAGAGACCUAUGCUGGGGCCAGUCCUUCAAAGCAGCCACCUGGAAGCAGUGGCUCCAAACUGGUGCGCAAGGAAGGUGGGCUAGACGACAGCGUCUUCAUCGCUGUCAAAGAGAUUGGUCGAGAUCUUUAUCGUGGCCUCCCGACAGAUGAGCGUUCACAGAAACUGGAGUUUAUGUUGGACAAGUUGCAGCAGGAGAUUGACCACGAGCUGGAGCAUAACAACUCUUUGAGUGUGGAAGAGCGAGAGACGGUUGACUCUCGACACAAGGCCCUCAUCUUGGCAGCUCUGGCCAAGUCCGGUGAACGACUUCAAGCUUUGACUCUGCUCAUGAUUCACUACCGUGCUGGCAUCGAAGACCUAGAGUCUGUAGAAAGCACCUCACCAUCUGAACAGCAUGGCUUUCCGAAGGCCAAAGCCGAGGGUCUGGAGGCGCUGAUGGGCACAGAAGUGUACGACAGUGACAUUUGCAGUCCUGUUGAUGUUCAGAUGCUGGAUGAGAUUACAGAGGAGCAGAUCUGUGUGGAGGCAUUACCGUAAAGAUGACACAAGGCAUCAGAGCUUGGGAUUCAAGAACAAAGACUUUUCUCAUGUUUGACUUGGUUGACAUGUGGGUGUUCCACAGGUGAUUGUGAGGUUUGCAAAAGUAUUUCUAAAGAUCACUGCAAUGUACUGUCAAUUAAGGAAAUUUGUGACUGUCUGUAUUUUACCUUUUUUUUUUUUUAACGUUUUAAUUUUUUUAAUAAAUAUUUUUCCCCAUCUUUAGUCCUUAGUUACUGUUUUAGAGGAGAGAACCAUCUGUAGAUUCAGCAGUAUUACAUAAAAUACGAGAAUAUACCAGAAUAUGAGUUCAAUGAUCAAACCAAGUUUUACCUGCCUUGUCUGAAAGGUGCCGUCGAUUUUUUUUAAGCAUAACAAACUUCAAAAAGAAGAGCUAGUAUGAGCUUGAAUAUGUAUUUUUAUUUUAACUUGUAUUGGUAGAGACUGAAUUAUGUACAUGUGUGCUGUUAGUGAUGUUCAUGGUUUCAAAAUGCACUCUGUUCAUUGUGUUUUGAGCUUCGAGCCCCUUUUGCCUUACAGUAUAUCCACUACAAAAUGUAGGAUUAUAUCCUGAACAGCAGUCCAUAGAAAAUGAUGCCAUUCCUAACCAACAUUUUCCUCUCUGAUAAGCACCUUUUCUCGUGUUACUUUACAGUUGUUACUAAUUUUAAAGCAUAAUUUCUUUAAUGUUAAUAUAGUUAUUUUUAGAAUAUUUAAUGUUGAAUUGAGAGGGAAUCCUCAUAGGACAGAUAAUAUUGAUGUUAUUAUAAUACUGGGGACCAUUCUUUGUCUCAUUUAUAUUUGUCACAAAGCCAUUGUGACGUUUUUUCUUUUUUUGAGGGAGGGAUAUUUAUAUUGCAUAUGUAUGUUUCAUAAUAUAUGUUUCCAAUAAUUCCAAUAAUCUCAUUACAUAAUCUCACAAUUAAUUUCCUUUGAGCCUUUAUGAGUUCUAACUACUGGUGGCGAUAUUUCUCAAACCAAUUUGGAUACUUUUUAUCCACCAUCAGAUGGUCCUGGUGAAUGGUUCUGUUUGUGUGAAUGUGUCAGCCUUUUUGGUUUGGAAGGUGUCAUUUUAUUAUAAUGCAAGCAAAUUUUCAGUAUAUCUCACAUUUGUGUGCUUGGGCAUGAUUUGUUGCAAUUGAAAGUUAAUUUUACAUGUGUACUACUGAAUGUAUCUCCCAAAUGACUCACUUUACAUUCAUUAUUCCAUUCACCUCUCAACACAUCAUCUCUCAAAGUGUAAAACAUCAUUAAAACUAUCUUUUUUUAAUGCAUACAGUAUUCCUUAAUUCCCAAAGCUACUGUGCAAGGUAAUGAACAGUCUGUAACCUGUUUGCUGGGCUCAAAAGCUGAGAGUGUGUUGUGACCUCUGUCUGUGUAUUGCUGGUUAGUUUUAAUUUACUUUAAAUGGACCUGAAGUAAGAUUCAUUUUUGCUGUUACUUCAUGUGGUUUACACAAUAACUACUGUACUUGGCUAUAUGCAUUACUGAAUUAAAGAUUUUUAGUAAAAACAAACGACAAAGCCUUUAUGUGGCAAGGACAAAACUCCUAGCCCAGGGGUGGCCAACUUCAUCCCAAAGAGGCACAGUGUAGAUUUCCUCCAACCUUGAUAAAAACUGACCUGCCUGUAGCUUUCUAGUAACCCUUAGACCUUAAUUAGCUUGUUCAGGUGUGUUUGAUUAAAGUUGGAGUGAAACUCUACAGUGGCUCUCCAGGAUUGAAGUCCUAGUCCUGUCCUUGUUCAACCAACCUGUGUUGACAGUCGUGCUGUCCUUGUUAACGUUUCUGCUGCUACAUCAUCUAUUCAGUGGGCCUGGGACAUAAUUUUUAAGGUUGGGUCCCCUCACCCUGGCCCAAUGAGUAUGUAUCACCAUAGAGGACCUUAGUGGACCCCCCUCGUUGAAGGGACAACAUACCCUAUUCAGCUGGUGUAGAAUUAAGUCUGUUUUUGCUUGUGCAAUAUUUGCAUAUGAAGUUCAUUACCACUCAAACCAGAAAGGAAAUUUUUCCUUUUGCUUCACUUGAAGGAAUAACAUUUAAAUGGUAAGCUUUCUAAGUUUUUUUUUUUCUAGCUUCUUGUCUAGUUGCUGCUGCUGUAAUCCUGUGCUUCUCAAAUACAAUGCCACCCAUCAUAUGAUCUCAAAAUAUUUCUCCAAUUAUAUCUAUCACAAUAAGAAAAAAAAACAGUAAAGUAACAAGUACAAAACAUCACAUCCUCUUCGGCAAACUGUGGUUAAGCUUUUCUGGGAAAGCUGUUGUUCUUAUUGGAAGCUGUGUCAUGUUUAAAGCGCUAUUGUAAAUGGCCUAGUAAUGUAGGUGACUUUCAACCCUGUUCUUUCUCCCUGAACGUAUAUAGUGCUCAACAUGUGGGUUCAUUCUUUCUUUUGUUGUUGUUGUUGUUGUUUUUGCUUCAUGUUAAUAUGAUUUUGUUCUUUUGUGGGUUGUGUUUAUGGUGGAGGGCAUCUUCCGACAAAGUGCACAGCUUUUAAACUUGCUGCAAGACCUUUACGCACUGACAUAUCAUAUUUGCUUAUGCACUUGAGAUAAAUAAAUUAUUAGAAAUGAAAAAAGUUCCUCUGUAGUUUUUGCACCUUCCCGUUCACACUGCUCUGCUGCAGGCUAGGUAUUUAAUGUAUUACAAUAACCCUAGAAACAAGAUGAAUACUGCAACAAAAUUAAGUUAUCAGUGGUCAUUUUCUCUACAUUUAAUAACCGUGAAGCCAGUUGCGUUCUCAAUCCUGUGUUUAAUGGAAAGGUAGCACAGUGGAAUGGAAAAUGUGUUGAAUGUGUGAAUGACUCCUUACAUUUAGUGGGUUAAACUGUAUGGACAGUCACUUCUGCGAGCUGAUCUCAGGAUUAUCAAAAAUGAUAUGUUCAUAACAUUAAUAAGACAUUGGGAGCAGGUGGCAUUUUCAACCCGUUAAAAAGAUUUCCACGCUGCAGAGUCAAUAACAGGAAAUAACACUCUUAAGCCUUGGUCCAAUUGGGUAAAGCAAAGCACGUUUUUAAAUCAAUAGACCAUAUUAUAGUUGAAUUUGAUUGGAUUUUCAUUGGAUAAUGCAGUCUUGAAUUGUCUUUCUAGCAGGUUCUCAUUUCAUACCACUACUAAAAUGAAUUAUCAGUCAUGUAAAGUCUGUUGUGUUUGCAAGAUGAUGAAGAUCAUUGGGGGGAAACAAGCAUUACAUCUUUUUAAACAUUUAUUUUCUAUUGCGGUCACACAUACAUUACCUUCAGAGCUCUAAAGCUGAUGUAAAACCUAACCACCAGACCAAACACUGGAUAUAAAACCAUCAACUCAAUCUCCUAGUUGAUAUAGUUUAGACACAAACAAAACAUACCAGUCUGAAGGCACACACUGACAUUGGCACAUACACUAAUUUCUGA